AGCAAAGCGUCACUAAACUUGGCAAACAAGCUCUUCCCCUUCUUCUGCAAGUUUGUUUCGCCUUUAUAUACGUGUGAAACUCCUCAUUUCUCUUCAUUUCCUUCUCUUUAUCCCCCUUUCGUUUGCUUUCCCUCUUCCCAAGUUGUAAUUAUCUCUGCCCUGCUUAUCAGAGUUUAACUUGAUUGUUCAGGUAAUCCUCUUUUGGGUUCAGAUGAAAAGCGAGAUGAAUACUCCCUUGACGUUGGAAGAAGGGUUGAAGAAAAUAGAAGAUGCCAUUGCAAGGAAGAGGUUGAUCUCUGAUGCCCAGUGUGUCACUCCAUUUACUACCGCAGAAAAUAUGCUGAUAUACGAUUGUGUUUACAAGCUGUGCACCCAGAAGCGUAACUACGCAGAGCAUAUUUAUGAGAAAUAUGUGAGCUAUUUAGAAGAGAGAAUUAUGGAAAAGGUAAUUCCAAGAUUGUUGGGCAAACAUGGGGUAGCGCUGUUGAAAGAAGUAACACAAUCUUGGUCAGAGUUUAAGGCCUUUGCAGACUCUAUAUAUAAGUUGUUUGAAUACUUGGAUCGUUUCUAUGCUCCAAGUAAAGGACUUUUAUUACUUGCUGAUGCCCCAAAACAUUACUAUGGCAAUCAGGUUUGCGAGAGGCUAUGUGGAAAAAUUCAGGAAGCUGCGAUAAGCUUGAUUAUUGAAGAUCGUGAGGGGAAGGAUAUUGAUCGAAAUCUGCUCAAAGCUGUGCUUUGUUUAUUUAUAGGAUUAGGAGGCAAAGGAACCACAAAUUAUUAUGAAAAAUUUGAGCAGAUAAUGCUGGCAGAAACUGCAGCUUACUACUCUGAGUUGUCCAUGGAGUGGUGGUUUUGGCGCGAUUCAUUAACUUCCUACCUGCGCAAGGUUGAUUGGUGCUUAGUUCAGGAGGAAGCCAGAGCAGAAGUUUAUCCUUGCAAGACAACAAAAACAAAAUUACUGGAGGUUAUGAAAUAUAUAUUGCUGGAACGAAAUGCCAAGAGAUGGGCUCAGAAGCAAAAGGCUAAUGGGGUAGCAGCUGAAGAUCAGGAACUUCUGUCGAAGUAUGCUAGCUUAAGCCUUGAUAUAGGUAGCAGUGCUUCUGUGGCCACAGCAACAGACCAUUGAUAUUUGCACUUAAAAGGGUUUUUAUUGCAGAGCAUCUUUUUGCUGCAGGCCUUGUGUGGAAUAUGGUUCUGGUAGUUUAUGUAUUAGUGCAAGUACAUAUGGUUUGUAAUAACUAAACGAGCUACUGAUACAAUGGUGUAUAGGUUAAAUUUAAAUUCUGGUUUGCCCUA